GGAAGAGAAUCUUGGUUAAAAAAGAAGGUUAUGUUUAAUUUACAACAAAAAUUUUAAUAAUUAUAUAUAUUAAAAAAACCUCCAUUCCAUAAUUCAUAACAAUGACUACCUUAAGACCAUUUACGUGUAACGACAUGUACAAAUUUAAUAAUGUUAAUUUAGACCCCUUAACUGAGACUUAUGGAUUAUCGUUUUACAUGCAGUAUUUGGCUCAUUGGCCCGAGUAUUUCCAAGUAGCAGAAUCACCAAGUGGGGAGAUAAUGGGCUACAUAAUGGGAAAAGCCGAAGGUAUAGGAGAGAACUGGCAUGGACAUGUUACAGCCUUAACUGUAUCUCCUGACUUCCGACGUUUAGGAUUAGCAGCCUGUUUGAUGAAUUUUUUGGAAGAUGUUUCAGAAAAGAAGAGGGCAUAUUUUGUUGAUCUUUUUGUUAGAGUUAGUAACAAAGUAGCUAUAAAUAUGUACAAUCAUUUGGGAUAUAUUGUGUAUCGAACAGUUCUUGAAUAUUAUUCAGGUGAUCCAGAUGAAGAUGCCUAUGAUAUGAGGAAAGCUUGUUCUAGAGAUGUAAACCAAAAAUCUGUUAUACCACUGACACAUCCUGUGAGACCCGAAGAUGUUGAUUAAAACUAACUAUGGAGGACUUUUUAUUUUUUAUCAAAAUCAUUAUUACAUAUACAAAUGAUGAUGUACGUGUUUUGGAAUAAUAUUGUUUUUUAAUAAAUUGUGAUGCAAGACCAA